CCUGACAGCUUGUCUUCUUCAUAGUCUUGGGGGCCGAGCAGGCCAACCUGGGGCGCUGACAUGGGGGCCCUUCCGAUGCUGUUCCUGCUCUUGCUGCUUUGGACAGCCAGAGGGGAUUCUGGAGAUGGUGUGGAUGCCGAAGAAAUGGUGGCCGUGCUGCAGGAGUCCAUCAGCCUACCCCUGGAAAUCCCAUUCGAUGAAGAGGUCGAGAACAUCAUCUGGUCCUCUCACAAAAGGCUUGCCACAGUGGUUCCAGGGAAAGAGGGACAUCCGGCUAUCGUCGGGGUGACCGACCCCCGAUACAAAGGUCGGGUGAGCUUCCUGGACCCCAGCUACUCCCUGCUCAUUAGCAACCUGAGCUGGGAGGACUCGGGGCCUUACCAGGCUCAGGUCAACCUGAGGACGUCCCAGACCACCACCACACAGCGCUACAAUCUCCGUGUAUACCGACGGCUGUCGGAGCCUCAUGUCACCGUGGGCUUUGAGAUCUCCGGGAAUGGUGGCUGUAAUGUGUCCCUGACGUGCUCCGUGGAGAAGGCAGGCCCGGACGUGACCUACAGCUGGCUCUCCGGGGAAGAGGGCACUGAGACAGUCCGUGAGGGCUCUGCCCUCAGCGCAUCCUGGAGCCCCGGGGACAAGGCCCUCUCCUAUUCCUGCAGGGCCAGCAAUCCCGUCAGCACCAUCCAAUCCCGUCUCGUCCCUGCCGGGCCCUUCUGUGCAGAUCCCGGCUACGCUUCAGACACGUCAACUUACUUCUGCCUCUGGGUCAAGGGGCUGGGGCUGCUCCUGUUUGUGGUCCUUCUGGCCGUGGGGCUCUGGCUCAUCCGGGCCCGGAAAAGAUGAAGAACGCCAGGGAUAAGGACACUCAGGAGAAACAGGCUGAGGCUGAGGAAGGAGAAGCCCCGCCCGGGCCUGACCUGACCAGCCCCCGGGGGACCCCUGCCCUGAGCACUGUUUCUUCCCCACCUCCCCUCCGGAGUCCCCGGGAGUCCUUCCUCCCCUCCCGGCCGCUUCUCCUCCCGGGGGCCGUGGGGUGGGUGCCACAGGGCUGUACUCCCCUAGGGAAGAUUAUCUGGCAAUAAAGUCAA